CGGCCCCUCGGUCUUCAUUGUCGGUGUCGCACGUGACACUCGGUUCGGAACCGUCAAGGACGUCGGACACUCCGAGAGUGGUCUCCUCCGGGCGUCUUUAUUAGGAGGUGAGCGCGCGGUGAAGAAGUGUGUAUACUUUCGGGCGCUAAUUUUCGCAAGAUGGCACUGUCAACGAGGUUCUUUAACCUGGUGGUUUGGGUGGUCCUGAUCUGCUCCACCCCAAUGGGUGACGCCAUUGACAUCCCCGGCUACUGCGACAUCCACACGACCACAACAAGUCAGUACGAGGAGUACUUCAACAUCGACGCGAUGGGCAACAACCGGUCGGAGAAGAACGUCGUCGACUUUGUGAUGUACGUCCAGCUGCAGAACAUGCAGGAGGAGAUCGCACUGCUCCUGUCCGUCAGCAACCACUCGCGCCAGCAUCCGGACUACGAGAAAACGUACGAGAUCCGGAUCAGCAACGUUUACACCGUGAUUUACAAGGAAACGCUCCGGAUGUCGGCGCACCACAGCCACACCUUCAACUUCUUCCCGGCGGAACACUUCCAGGUGCACAUCAAGAUCACCCGGAAGGGGCUGAUUACGGUGAUCAUUGACGGGUUGCCGAAGCCGAUUCUUUCGGUGGUGGACGACUCGCCGCCGAUCGACGUGCACUUUAUCAGCUUUGGGUCGCGCAUGAACGCGUAUCCGAUCACGUGGUACAUGUACUGCCGGGAUCCGCCGACGACGCCGCCACCGCCGACGGAGAAACCUGAGGAGGGGGAGGGACACUUUAGCCAGAAUGACGCGGCCGAGUUGGACGAGAACCGGUGCCCGGUGUGUCCGAUGCCGGCCAAGUGCGAGGUUGUGGUGCGGGCUUGCGCGGACACGUCGCAGGACUCGCAGGGGCAGAUGACGGACGCCGAGAAGCAAAAGUACUUCUUCUACUUUAACAUGUACCUUAGCAAGAAUGGGAAGAGCGGGGGGAAAACGGCGGUUUCGUCUUCCUCCUCGGCGGUCGAUUUUACUGACAGUAACAAGCUGGACUAAAAGGCGGAUCAACCACGGCAAAGAAAUCGGCAUAUCGGACAACGAAAUUCUUCCAACAAACUCUAAUAUCAAACUCAACUCAACAGUUUUAAAGCGUUUGCUAACCUUUGAAUUCUUAUAGGGCACUUGUAGAGAGACUAUUUACUGCGAGAUUAUAUCAACUUUUCUCACGUGUUUUGAAAUCCUUCAAGUAGCGUCUACAGUAGUUGACAAUACUUCUAAUAGUAGCUGUAUUUUUCCUCCUUGAAACUUACUACCUUCACCACUACACGUUACAACAUGUUAUGCAGCAUGCAUGCUAAUUAAUUAACUACAAUAAAAACGGACAAUAAUUGAUGCUCAAA